UGGCGGUGAAAAUGGUAUUUCAGAUCAUGAUUGUGCUCUUGUGUUCAAUUGAUGUAAUAUUAUUUGUACAAGCAGCGGGUUUAGCAAUUAAUAGUACUUCAUGUCAACCAAUCUGUGGGAAUGUUAGCAUCCCGUACCCUUUUGGAAUAGGAGCUGGUUGCCAUGUUGAUCGCUGGUUUGAAGUAGUUUGCAAUGACUCUUUCAGCCCUCCCAAACCUUUCUUGAGUAGCUUCGGCCUGGAGGUGCUGAACAUUUCAUUAGUAGACGACGCUUAUGCCUAUGAUUCACGAAGCAGUCCUACAGUUCGCGUCAAUUAUCCGACAUUUUCUAAUUGUACUAAUAGUUCAAGCAGAAAACAAAAUGUAGAGCUAACAAACAGCUCUUUCAUCUUCUCCCAGUACCAAAACAUAUUCGUCGCCAUGGGUUGCGAUAACUCUGCCUCAAUGAGAUCCUCGGAUGGUUCAAUUAUUGGGUGCAUGCAGUCAAGAUGUGAUUCGAGUUACGUACUGAUAAAUGGUAGUAGUUGCAAUGGCACUAACUGCUGCCAAACCUCAAUUGCUUCAGAUCUCAAUGCGUUCGAGACAACUAUAGAUAUUAGCGGCCCUGCAGUCACCGAAGGAUGCAAUUCUGCAUUCUUGGUAGAAGAAAAGUGGUUCAGGGAAAGUGGUUCAUUAAUAAAUAUGUCCUCCAUUAUGUCGCACGUUCCUGUGGUGUUGGAAUGGGGGAUUUUUGACACGUCACUCUACUCACUUCCAAUAUCACAACUCGCUUCUUCUACCAACAAAGAGUACUAUUGUAGUUAUACUAGUUAUAUUUCAGGCACGGACGUCAUUUUAACAUGUUAUUGCAAUAGGGGCUUUGAAGGAAAUCCCUAUCUUGUUGGAGGAUGUGGAGAUAUUAACGAAUGCAAGGAACCGGACACUUGUUCCAAUUAUGGAUCCAGGAGUGGAUACUGUGUAAAUACUUAUGGGUCUUACAUGUGUGGGAUAGUUGACACCAAGACUCGGCUUAGACAGCUCACUAUAGGUCUUAGCAGUGGCAGCCUUGGGCUAUUGGUUCUACUUGUUGGUGGAUGGUGGUCCUACAAAGUAAUAAAGAGAAGGAGGAUGAUUAAACAGAAGAAUAAGUUCUUCAAACGAAAUGGCGGUUUAUUGUUACAACAACAAUUAUCUUCACAUAAAACAAAUGUUGAGAACACCAAAUUGUUUGAUUCAAAAGAUUUGAAGAAUGCAACUGACCGUUUUAAUGUGAAUAGAAUACUUGGCCAGGGAGGACAAGGCACUGUUUACAAGGGCAUGUUGGUAGACGGAAGAAUCGUUGCGGUGAAAAAGUCCAGGGUAAUUGAUGAAGGAAAACUCGAAGAAUUCAUAAAUGAAGUGGUCAUUCUUUCACAAAUUAAUCACAGGAAUGUAGUUAAGCUAAUUGGUUGUUGCUUGGAGACAGAAGUUCCUUUGCUAGUUUAUGAAUACGUUCCUAACGGAACUCUUUUCCAAUAUAUCCAUCACCAAACCGAGGAGUUUCCACUAACAUGGGAUAUGCGCUUACGAAUUGCAAUAGAAGUUGCAGGGGCUCUCUUCUAUUUACACUCAGCAGCUUCCUCGCCAAUUUAUCAUCGAGACAUUAAGUCUACAAACAUACUCUUAGAUGAUAAAUAUAGAGCUAAGGUAGCUGACUUUGGAACUUCAAGAUCUAUCACUAUUGACCAAACGCACUUAACCACUCUAGUGCAUGGCACUUUUGGAUACUUGGACCCUGAGUAUUUCCAAUCAAGUCAAUUUACAGAAAAAAGUGAUGUUUAUAGUUUCGGUGUUGUCCUCGCAGAGCUAUUAACCGGCAAAAAAGCGAUCUCUUCAACGAGCACAAAAGAAUCCAAAAGUUUAGCCACAUAUUUCAUUGAAUCCAUGGAGGAGAACAAUUUGUUUGAUAUUCUUGAUAGUCGAGUUUUGAAAGAAGGUAAGAAAGAAGAUAUCAUUGUAGUUGCGAACCUUGUGAAAAGGUGCUUGUACUUAAACGGGAAGAAACGUCCUACAAUGAAAGAAGUCACAAUAGAGUUGGAAGCAGUUCAAAUGUUGCAAAAAGCUCCUAACCUUCAACAAAACUAUGAAGAGCUUGAAUAUGUCCAAGCAGAAAUGUAUGAGCCACAGGAUGUCGUUACCUCAUCAACAAUGUCAACCUCAUCUGUAGAUGUCCAACCAUUAUUGUAUUCCCAAUCAGUAUGAAUUAGUAUUUGUUUAAUGUAAUAUUGUAGGCUACGAAUAAACAUCAUUCGCUUCAACCCAGAAUUAACUUCGAUGGCUGUAGGGUUUUUUCUAUGGUAUGAAUGAGGAGAAAUAAACUAGGAGAAUGUUUGAAUCUGAUUAAAGUUUGA